AUGAAACAAUUCAAAAUCUUCUGUGAAGUUUCACCCAUAGACAUCGACACCCAGACCAUAUUCCCCCUUAUAACAUAUAAGCGGCCUUGCCACUUUGCAGUAGUUAUUCUCCCAAACCGGAUAACUUUCAUUACAAUACUGGCAUCAGUAUUUGAUCUUUGCAACGAAUCUGUGAGAAUCUACCUGGACGAUGAGGGCAGUCGCGACGUGUUCGCCCUUGGCGGCUUCACAAUGACAAGACCGUGGGGAUCGUUGAUUGAGAAAUGGCUGGCUUGGUUGGCUGGAACACGGCUAGAGAAGUUCAUCGUACAGCUAGACUGCAUGAUUCUUCAUUUUGGAAAGAUCUAUGUGAUCAAGAUGCCCCUACUUAUCGAGGGAUAA